GCGCAACAAUGGCCUCUCAGUGCUCCUUCGCAUCGGGUUCAGCCUCAGAGAUGACCCUUGUUGUCCUCGGCGGCCGGCUGAGGCAGAUGGAUGAGGAACAAUAGCCCGACCCGUGAGGGCGGCAGCGACUGACACAGAAUGUCUGGACCGGAGCCAGAACCAGAACCAGAACCAGCUGUCUCGGCCCGGCCCGCCCCGGCCGCGUCAGACGGGCUGAACACUCCCUGAGGGAGCGGCAGAGCUGGGUGGCGGCAGCGUGGGCGGCGGAUCAGAACCAGAACCCUCCGCGGCACAUAUAAUGGCUACAGCCAGCACCUCGGGGCAGAGCAGCUUCGGGCUUGGAAAGAAGAAGAAGAAGAAGAAGAAGAGUCCCGGUCUGAUGGAUCAGCUCAGCAAACUGUUUGGAGGAGAGAAGAAGAAGAGGAGCAAGGGCUCGUUCAGGGGUCACCUGGCCGCCUCGCCCCAGCAGCCCUCUGCCCGCCGCCGGACCAAUGAAAACGCCGUGCUGCAUUUCUUCAGGAGCCUCGUUUCCUCCCCGCCUCCUAAAUCCACGUGGAGAGAAGUCUUGGGUUUGGCCUCUGCGUCGCGAACCGAGAGCACGAAGUCGCCGGUCCGGAGGCGCAGAGAGCAAAGCACGCUGUCCAGGAUCUUCAACCUGGGAGAAACCAAGUCCCGUCCACCCCCAAAACGCUGGAGCACCAUCUUCUAAGCUCUCCGCCGCCGCUGCCGCCGCCGCCGACCUCCACCGCUUCGAUCCGACGGGACCGGAACACCACCAGGAAGGAGAGGCGGACCCCCA